AGCAGCUCUCAGAGACAGGGGAACAGCUUUUUCAAAAGUUUUAAAGGAUGGCAUUCUUCAAGAAGUUUAUCAACAAAAUUAGUAAUGAUGACAGCAGCAAGGGUUUUAAAGGUGGUCCAGUGGAGACGGCAUACUUUGGAACAGUAAAGCCUGAUCCAAACUUUAAUGGCCAGAAUGAUGCUGCAAAAUUGAAGAAAGCUAUUGAGACCAAAGGUGUGGAUGAAGCCACUAUUGUGGAGGUGAUAGCAAAGAGAAGCAAUGCACAAAGACAACAGAUCAAAGAAGCUUAUCAGCAGAGUACAGGAAAACCUCUGGCGGAUGCGCUGAAAAAGGCUUUGAAGUCAGAUUUUGAGGAAGUGGUCCUGGCCUUGCUGAUGACACCCCCUGAAUAUGAUGCUUUCGAAAUGAAAAGAGCCAUGAAGGGUCUUGGGACAAAAGAGGCUGUCUUAAGUGAAAUUCUAGGGACCAGAUCAAACAAGGAGAUCACAGCGAUGAAAAAUACUUUCAAAGAAGGCUAUGGACAGCUGCUGGACGAACAAAUUAAAGGUGAAGUUAGUGGAGAUCUUGAGAAUACCCUGCUUGCCCUUUGCAAGGCUACCAGGAGUGAAGACCAUAAUAUUGAUGAUGGGCUUGCAAAGAGUGAUGCAAAGGCUCUGUUUGAGGCAGGAGAGAAUCGGGUUGGUACUGUUUGCUCUGUCCUGAUUGAUGUCCUCACAACCAGGAGUGAAGCUCAGUUGUGCAAAAUUUUCCAGCAUUAUGGGAAAUACAGCAAGCAGGGUUUGGCCAAAGUGCUGGAGAGUGAGCUGCAUGGAGACCUUGAAGACUGUCUGAUGGCCCUGGUGAAGUCUGCUUGGAACAAACCUGCCUUCUUUGCAGAAAAGCUCCACCUGGCUAUGAAGGGGUUAGGAACCAAUACUGAUACACUGACUAGAAUCAUUGUGAGUCGUUCAGAAAUUGACCUGCUGAAAAUCAUUCAAGAAUAUAAAAGGAUGUAUGGCAAACCCCUUCAGGAGGCCAUUCUGCAGGAAACGAGUGGAGAUUAUGAGAAGAUUCUGCUGACUCUCUGUGGCACUCAGUAAUCAUCUCUUAUAUGUCUGAAUUAUGUGAAAAACAUCUGCAGAUUCAUUACAUUAUUCAUUGUAUUGGCACAACUCAAUCCCCCUUAGUUGGCUUAUAAAAACUGUUUAAUUUAAAUAUGCACUCUGUGAAUGUUAUCGUCAGUAUAAUAUCCCUAACUACAACUUGGCAUACUGUCUUAGUGGUAAUUCAAGUGUUACAAUUACAUGGCAACUAUAUAUUAGUAUUAUUGUAAUAAAUUGCUUUGUAAAUUGUGGCAAUAUUUUACAUUUUGAUGAACAUAUUUGUUUCUUUAGCAUGUGACAGUAUGUGAGAACUGUGAGCACUGGCUUGACCUUAUCUGUGUGUCUGUUCUCAUAAUCAAAGAGACAAA